AUGUCAUCUGAAGCUCUCCAAACUUGGUCUGAUCCUGCAACAGGGCUCAAGUACACGCGCUCUGGCAAUGGAUCUUGGCAGUGUGUCGCAUCACCACGUCCAUCUGGCUCUUUGAUUAAUACCAAUCUGAUGGUCUGGGAUACGAUGGGACAAUUUUCCGUUCGACCUACCUGUGGUCCCAACGACUCUCCGUUUCCACCUGGCCAGCACCCAUCGUCGACAUCAGCCUCAUCAAAUACCCUACCUCAGAUUGAUCCUGCAUUGAUCAGUCUUCCAAACGAUGGCCCAGACGACUUCCCACCACCGAGCCGAAUCCUACCACGUAUCGCACAUCCAGCAUCAAAAAUUGCCGGUAGCCGUCGCCCCUUGACGUCCGCUAAAGGCAAGCAAAGGGCCGUUGAUCCGAUCCCCGUUGCUGGAUCGUCAAAGCGCAAAGGGUCUGUCAUGCGUGUGGAGGAACCUGACACCAAGAAACGACGUGGUCGAGGUCCUGGGGUCGCCAACUACUCCGCCGAAGACGUUGACGCCUUGCUUGACAUUAUCGAAGAUCGACUUCCUAUUGGUGGACACGCGUGGAAUAGUGCUGCGGAUGAAUUCGCCCAAUGGGCUGAGGAAAAUAGCCGCCCUGUGCGCACUGCCAAAUCACUCGAGGCUAAAUUCAAACAGUUCGUUCGUACCACUAAACCAACAGGCGAUGCGGAAUGCCCACCACAUAUCGAACGUGCCCAUUUCAUCGAGGAUCAGAUCAAUGAGAAAGCUGGUACACGGGAGUUAGAUGAUGUUGACAUUGUAGAUGCGUACGAGGACCCGAUUGAAAUCAGUCACUCAAUUGGGUAUUUAUUAGUGAUGACGAAGACGAAGAUGAAAACAUUCCACCUUGAACUCCUGCUAUCACACAACCUAAAUGAUGCGCAAGAUCUCCUGUCCACCAUCUCCUCUGCGCUCAACCCCACCACUCAGACUGCACGCGAGGAUGACCGUGCCUCUAGAGCCAUGCACACCACGCAACUCCUCACGAUGUCACAGCAAAUUCGAGAUGCACAAGCCACCAUCGAGGGCCUUCGCAACCGCUUGCAGGAGGCAGAUCGUGAAUGCCAUGCCGCUGAGCGCCGCGCUGAUCGUGCAGAGUUAAUGUCAAUGAUUUCUGCUCCAGACUCGUCUUCAGACAUUUCCGAGCUGAAUUUCAAUGUCCGCGACAUUGGAAUUCCACUGAUAAGAUUUACCAUAACUUACCACUCUCUACGCGCCGAGUGCUCAGCACGCCUCAGCACCGAGCACGCAGCUUCUAAGCGCUGGUUCUGUUGUUUGUUUGACCAUGUGUAUAUCAGCUGUUAUGUUGCUUCCAGCUUUGCAAAUUUGCACAAGAUAAAUGGUACCUGUGGUCUUUUUUGUCGACCUGAUGGCUCCUGCAUAAACAAGAGAUUUCAAUGUUGUGGGAGAUCUAAGCUUGCUGGCAGAUGUGCUAUAAAAAGUGAGGUAUGUGGUUGUCGUCAAGUCAAGAUUUCGAAGUCCCCUUUCUUCAUCUCUAACAUGUCAUCUGAAGCUCUCCAAACUUGGUCUGAUCCUGCAACAGGGCUCAAGUACACGCGCUCUGGCAAUGGAUCUUGGCAGUGUGUCGCAUCACCACGUCCAUCUGGCUCUUUGAUUAAUACCAAUCUGAUGGUCCGGGAUACGACGGGACAAUUUUCCGUUCGACCUACCUGUGGUCCCAACGACUCUCCGUUUCCACCUGGCCAGCACCCAUCGUCGACAUCAGCCUCAUCAAAUACCCUACCUCAGAUUGAUCCUGCAUUGAUCAGUCUUCCAAACGAUGGCCCAGACGACUUCCCACCACCGAGCCGAAUCCUACCACGUAUCGCACAUCCAGCAUCAAAAAUUGCCGGUAGCCGUCGCCCCUUGACGUCCGCUAAAGGCAAGCAAAGGGCCGUUGAUCCGAUCCCCGUUGCUGGAUCGUCAAAGCGCAAAGGGUCUGUCAUGCGUGUGGAGGAACCUGACACCAAGAAACGACGUGGUCGAGGUCCUGGGGUCGCCAACUACUCCGCCGAAGACGUUGACGCCUUGCUUGACAUUAUCGAAGAUCGACUUCCUAUUGGUGGACACGCGUGGAAUAGUGCUGCGGAUGAAUUCGCCCAAUGGGCUGAGGAAAAUAGCCGCCCUGUGCGCACUGCCAAAUCACUCGAGGCUAAAUUCAAACAGUUCGUUCGUACCACUAAACCAACAGGCGAUGCGGAAUGCCCACCACAUAUCGAACGUGCCCAUUUCAUCGAGGAUCAGAUCAAUGAGAAAGCUGGUACACGGGAGUUAGAUGAUGUUGACAUUGUAGAUGCGUACGAGGACCCGAUUGAAAUCAGUCACUCAAUUGGGUAUUUAUUAGUGAUGACGAAGACGAAGAUGAAAACAUUCCACCUUGAACUCCUGCUAUCACACAACCUAAAUGAUGCGCAAGAUCUCCUGUCCACCAUCUCCUCUGCGCUCAACCCCACCACUCAGACUGCACGCGAGGAUGACCGUGCCUCUAGAGCCAUGCACACCACGCAACUCCUCACGAUGUCACAGCAAAUUCGAGAUGCACAAGCCACCAUCGAGGGCCUUCGCAACCGCUUGCAGGAGGCAGAUCGUGAAUGCCAUGCCGCUGAGCGCCGCGCUGAUCGUGCAGAGUUAAUGUCAAUGAUUUCUGCAAUGCAAGCAAGAAGUCUGCACAGGGGCCCACAGGCACCUUCAUCACCACUCGCUACCAGAUUGAUGAGGCCAGCUGACCUUCUGUCGCAUGUCAAGUCCCUUGCUCCAAUGGCUCAAUUAACCAAAACAGAACUGGAAAACGGCAAACUCUUCACAGAGCAUGCAACCCAUGUCUUUGAUUUGGCAUUGUUCGAAAGCCUCUCCCAUGUUCUGUCCGACUUUCUAUGGAAAGGAACAUCGCCAUCUAUGGGAGAUAUCCAUGGCAUUGCUGUCAAAGCAUGGAUUAACCUCCAAUCGAAUCAGCUCACAAACAAAGAUUUUAUAAACUCGUUCGCAAUCACACAGAAAAACUGGCCAGGGGUGACAGAGUAUGAAAAGGCAGCCACCGACCCAUGGGCAGUAGGAGCCAAGGCAGCUGGCAGGCGUGGAUGGUACUUCCAACAACUACAGAAAGCUAUCCCAACAUUUGUUAGUGGGAGUUUCAAAACAUUCAAGUUCCUGACAAUGACUGCAGGGUACAAGGAAUCCCUGGGAAGCUGGACCUCGCUCAUUUACUGGCAUGUGGCACUACCACAAGACCCUACCAGCCCACCAACUUUGGACAAGGGACAACUUGCUUCCCCGCACCUUGCAGUGGCUGCAAAAGCAUUUUAUGAAAACUUCAGCCAACCGCCAAGUAAAUACCGGUCCAUUAUUAUGACGGCACUGAACCGAAUGCAAGGUGCUUCGGCAACAGCGACACACUAUGCCUUCCCUUUACACUCUAUUAUCUUCCCCUGUGCCAUUAUGAGAGGGGAAUUUCACUUCCAGCUCCAGGGCUGGCAUGAUAGAUGUGGUCCCGACCCUUGGGAGGCCCAGAUCUUCCUUAACAUAGAAACUGAUGACAGGGCAUUCAUUGGGCCCAAUGAAGGGAAAUCGUUAAGGGAGAUGGUUGGGCCCAAUGGCCCAAUUAUUAAGCUACGGUUGAUGGUUGGGCCUAAUGUUGGGCCCAAUGGUAAAAUUUCAAUGCUAUGGCUUGUUGCCAUGCGGGCCAGAUCAUGUUCCGUUACCCCCGCGGAUCAACAAUUGAUCCAUUACACCCUCGUGCUGGCUGUUGUUCAUUACUCCCACAGGGCAGCUCUUGUUCCGUUAGCCCUUGGUGCUUGGUUCAUCGCAUGGGCGCUCACUUGUUGUGUGACGUGGCACUUGCGUGUCGUCCUGACUGCGUUGCAACGUGCAGUCAUUGUUGAGAGUGCAAUGCAAGCAAGAAGUCUGCACAGGGGCCCACAGGCACCUUCAUCACCACUCGCUACCAGAUUGAUGAGGCCAGCUGACCUUCUGUCGCAUGUCAAGUCCCUUGCUCCAAUGGCUCAAUUAACCAAAACAGAACUGGAAAACGGCAAACUCUUCACAGAGCAUGCAACCCAUGUCUUUGAUUUGGCAUUGUUCGAAAGCCUCUCCCAUGUUCUGUCCGACUUUCUAUGGAAAGGAACAUCGCCAUCUAUGGGAGAUAUCCAUGGCAUUGCUGUCAAAGCAUGGAUUAACCUCCAAUCGAAUCAGCUCACAAACAAAGAUUUUAUAAACUCGUUCGCAAUCACACAGAAAAACUGGCCAGGGGUGACAGAGUAUGAAAAGGCAGCCACCGACCCAUGGGCAGUAGGAGCCAAGGCAGCUGGCAGGCGUGGAUGGUACUUCCAACAACUACAGAAAGCUAUCCCAACAUUUGUUAGUGGGAGUUUCAAAACAUUCAAGUUCCUGACAAUGACUGCAGGGUACAAGGAAUCCCUGGGAAGCUGGACCUCGCUCAUUUACUGGCAUGUGGCACUACCACAAGACCCUACCAGCCCACCAACUUUGGACAAGGGACAACUUGCUUCCCCGCACCUUGCAGUGGCUGCAAAAGCAUUUUAUGAAAACUUCAGCCAACCGCCAAGUAAAUACCGGUCCAUUAUUAUGACGGCACUGAACCGAAUGCAAGGUGCUUCGGCAACAGCGACACACUAUGCCUUCCCUUUACACUCUAUUAUCUUCCCCUGUGCCAUUAUGAGAGGGGAAUUUCACUUCCAGCUCCAGGGCUGGCAUGAUAGAUGUGGUCCCGACCCUUGGGAGGCCCAGAUCUUCCUUAACAUAGAAACUGAUGCAGGGCAUUCAGUUGGGCCCAAUGGUAAAAUUUCAAUGCUAUGGCUUGUGUGGGCUUUAGUCUGGGUAGCUCUUGUUACGUUACCCCUGCGGGUCGCCACGUGGGCCAGAUCAUGUUCUGUUACCCCUGCGGAUCAACAAUUGAUCCAUUACACCCUCGGGCUGGCUGUUGUCCAUUACCCCCAUGGGGCAGCUCUUGUUCCGUUAGCCCUGUGGGUUGCCACAUGGGCCAGAUUAUGUUCCGUUACCCCACGGGUUGACAAUAGGUCCAUUACACCCGCGGGAUCUUAUUCUGUUACACCCACAAUGUCCAGCUCUUGUUCCCUUAGACCUGCAGAACCUUCUUCCGUUUGGCCCACAGGUUUCCAAUUACAGCCACGGACCAUUUGUGGCUCCCCCGCGGGUCUCCAAUUACAGCCACGGACCAUUUGUGGCUCCCCCGCGGGUCUCCGAUUACACCCACGGAUUACCUGCUGCUCUGUUACACCUGCAGCCACCCAUAGACCACCUGCUGCUCCUUGA